GGCCUGAUGUGUUUUGAUGUCUGCUGACGGGUGUCUUAUCGACGUGCUCCAAUCUACUAAGUCGGGACAUGGUGAGCAGGUGACCGCUGCCCAAAACGAGAAGGAGCAGGCGGCUCAGCCGCCGGACUCGUUGUGGGAACUGGGCUGCUCUAACUUCCAGCCUGGUAGUUGAAGUCACAGGAAGAAAAGUGACACACUUUGAAAGCCUACUUGGGAUGACUGCCAACAGCUCUUACAGGCCCUCUUAACCUCAGAAAAAAAAAAACAAAGAGUGUUCCUAGAGGCCAGAAAGCAUGUUCUGGGAGAUGAUGGGCGUCCCACCCAGCUGCCUGAGAAAAUUGAUGCUGCAUUCCCACUUAAGAGACCAAACUGGGAUUUUAAUACAGCUGAAGGUAAGGGACACCUACGCCUUUAUCGCCAGUUGCUUCUAGCGGGUCUCCGAGGGGCUAUACGACGCCCUACUAAUUUGGCUCAGGUAAAACAAGUAUUACAGGAACAGGGGAAACUCCCUCCGCCUUUCUAGAGAGACUUAAGGAGGCCUACCGUAUGUACACUCCCUAUGACCCAGAUGACCCAGGACAAAUGACGAGUGUCUCUAUGUCCUUCAUCUGGCAGGCUGCUCCAGAUAUCAGGACUAAGUUACAGAGGUUAGAAAAUUUACAGGGCUAUACAUUACAGGAUUUAAAGAAGCUGAAAAGAUUUUUAAUAAGAGAGAGAUAAAAAAAGAAACAAAGAAUUGAGUCGAAUCUUGGCCGCCGUAGUUCAGGGCCAAGAAAAGAAGGGAGAUGGGGGAGGGGGGGCUCGAAAGGGGCUGAAGCUGGAUAAAGAUCAAUGUGCCUAUUGCAAAGAGGAAGGACACUGGGCCAGAGAGUGCCCCAAGAAGCCUGGUGGACCCCGAAAGCCUCGACCACGAACCUCCCUCUUGGCUCUAGAUAAAGAUUAGGGAGGUCAGGGCCAGGAGCCCCCCCCCCCCCCCGAGCCCAGGGUAACGCUUAAAGUUGGGGGGCAGCCGGUUACUUUCCUGGUAGACACAGGAGCCCAGCAUUCAGUCCUCACCCAAGCUUCAGGACAACUCAGCGACCGGACGGCCUGGGUACAAAGAGCUACUGGUGAAAAACAAUACCGAUGGACUAUGGACCGCCGGGUUCAGCUGGCUACCGGUAAGGUGACCCAUUCCUUCUUACAUGUUCCGGACUGCCCGUACCCUCUGCUGGGCCGUGACCUGCUCACCAAACUAAAAGCACAAAUUCAUUUUGAGGAAAGAGGGGCCCAAAUAACUGGCCCCCACGGAACUCCCCUUCAAGUUCUAACCCUAUGAACCGGGACAGGACACUGGCUUUGGCAGAGACUGGUGGGAUGGGGUUGGCGCUCCAACAGCCCCCCUUAAUUACAACUCCAGUCUCCAUAAAACAAUACCCCCUGUCACAUGAAGCUUAUCAAGGUAUAAGGCCUCACAUUACGAGGCUUCUAGAUCAAGGCAUCCUAAUCCCCUGCCGGUCGCCUUAGAAUACGCCUCUUCUGCCUGUUAAGAAACCCAGCACUGGAGAUUAUAGGCCAGUACAAGACUUGAGAAAGGUCAACAAGAGGAUAGAAGAUAUUCAUCCGACUGUUCCAAACCCUUACAAUUUGCUCAGUAACUGUUCAUCGAUGAGAAACAGGGGUAUGCUAAAAGGGUCCUAACACAAAGGUUGGGACCCUAGAAACGCCCUGUGGCCUACCUGUCUAAGAAAUUGGACCCUGUGGCCUCCGGCUGGCCACUGUGCCUAAGGAUGGUGGCUGCUAUUGCUGUCCUGAUCAAGGACGCUAGAAAAUUGACUUUGGGACAGCCACUCACCAUCCUAGCACCCCACGCAGUGGAGGCCUUGGUAAAACAGCCCCCAGACCGCUGGCUCUCUAAUUCUCACAUGACCCACUACCAAGCCUUGUUACUGGAUGCAGAACGGGUUCAGUUUGGGCACGUAGUCGCCCUCAAUCCUGCCACCUUGCUUCCUCUACCAGAGGAGGCAGAACAGCAUGACUGCCUACAAAUCCUCGCAGAAGUACAUAGAACCAGGCCAGACCUAUCGGACCAGCCUCUUCAGAAUGCUGACCACACAUGGUACACGGAUGACAACAGCUUCUUGGCAGAGGGAGAGCGAAAGGCUGGAGCUGCGGUCACUACGGAGGACAAAGUGAUUUGGGCGAAAGCCCUGCCUGCUGGUACCUCCGCACAACGGGCUGAACUCAUCGCCUUGACUCAGGCGCUCAAGAUGACAAAAGGUAAGAGGCUAAACAGCCGUUAUGCCUUUGCCACGGCACACAUCCACGGGGAGCUCUACCGGAGGCGGGGGCUGCUCACAUCUGAGGGUAAAGAUAUUAAAAAUAAGGCUAAAAUUCUGGCCCUCUUAGAAGCCCUAUUCUUGCGCAAAAGACUGAGUAUUAUACAUUGUCCAGGACACCAAAAAGGACACAACCCAGAGGCACGAAGAAACCGGCUGGCCGAUGCCACGGCGCGAGAAGCGGCCAUGAACAAACAAAUCUUGCCCUUAAAUAGCCCAGACCAACCCACGCCCCCACCAGUGGGACAAACCAGUUGGGUUUAUGCCCAUGAGGACAUAGAGCUCCUAAAAAAAUGGGGGCCAUCUACCACCCUCAACUAAAACAGUGGGUCUACAAAGGACUUUUGAAUUGAUCUCCUUUUUACAUAAAUUAACCCAUUUGGGGUUUAAGAAGAUGAAAACCUUACUAGAUCGAGAAGAGAUAAAUCUGUGUUUUUUAAAUCGGGACAAAGCGAUACAAAAGGUGACUGAGAGUUACAAAGCGUGCGCUCAGGUUAACCCGGGAAGGACCAUGAUUGGACAAGGAGUUCGUCCUAGGGGACACCGUCCCGACAUCCAUUGGGAAAUUGAUUUUACUGAAAUUAAACCAGGUAUAUAUGGAUACAAGUAUCUCCUAGUGUUUGUAGACACUUUCUCAGGAUGGGUCGAAGCCUUCCCCACAAAACACGAGACUACAAAAAUGGUCACCAAGAAGCUCCUCGAGGAAAUCUUUCCCAGGUAUGACAUGCCUCAAGCGUUGGGGUCGGACAACGGGCCCGCUUUCGUCUCCCAAGUAAGUCAGUUGGUGGCCAAAUUGCUGGGGAUUGAUUGAAAAUUACAUUGUGCCUAUAGACCCCAGAGUUCAGGUCAGGUAGAACGCAUGAAUAGAACAAUUAAGGAGACUUUAUCCAAACUUACGCUUACAACUGGCUCAAAGGAUUGGGUGGCCCUCCUUCCCCUAGUUCUAUAUCGGGCCCGGAAUACCCCGGGCCCCCAUGGUCUAACUCCUUUUGAAAUAAUGUAUGGAACACCACCCCCAUUUGUCCAUUUCUUUGAUUCAAACAUUGCUGAUUUUGCUGACAGCCCUUCUCUGAGGGCCCAUUUACAGGCCCUACAGAUUGUGCAGAGAGACGUCUGGAGACCUUUGGCCGCUGCUUACCAGGACAAGCUUGAGCAUCCGGUGGUGCCACACCCGUUCCAGAUUGGAGACACCGUGUGGGUGCGCAGACACCAGACCAAGAAUCUCGAGCCACAGUGGAAAGGACCCUACACCGUCCUCCUGAGAUCCACGCACCACACGUCAAGGCAGUCCGGUCUGAAGAAUUGACUAAUCACAACACUACACCCCAGACAUGGAGAGUUCAGCGCACUCCAAACCCCUUAAAGUUAAAACUCCUACGUGGCUCCUCCUAGCCCUUUUGUGGCCUAGAGUCAGUGGGGGAAUAAGCCCCCACCAGACAGAAAUUUCUUGACCAAGUCGAGUGAAAGAUUUCACUCAAAGUUAACAAAAAAAAAAUGGGGGAAUGAAAGACCCCAGCUUAGCAGCAGUAACGCCAUUUUGCAAGGCUGUACUUAAGAUGACUGGUUCAGGGAAAGGUUAGAACACUGAGUACACAGCGGCUGCCAAGCAGGAUGUGUUUGGUUGAAGGCCUGGCAACAGGACGACUUCGGUUGAGCACCUGACAAUGAAAAAAAGCCCCGGGAGAGGUCCCACACCCUGGUGGGGGGCCGAGUCAGUCGUUAUGUUUCAGGAAGGUAGAUAGGAAACUUGCCCCCGGGCUAAACCCUUGCCAUAUUAGAAUCCACCAAUUAUAUCCCUGUAACCAUGCAUCUGCUUCUGUAUGCUUGCUUCUGCUCCCCAAAAUCCUAUAAAAAGCCCAUCCUUGGUUCCGUGGGGCGCGCCAGUCCCCCGAGUGACUGAAGCGCCCACAGGUGCCUGUGCCUGUGUAUCCCAACAAUAAACCAAAUCCUCUUGCUGAUUGCA